AUGACCCUCAACUCCUCCCUCACCCCCUCCCCUCUCACUCACCUUCUCCCUGCAUUCCCACUCCGUGUCCUCUCUCCCCUCCCUCCCCCAUCCCUCCACUCUCCCCUUUUUCUCUCCCCUCCCUCUCCCCUCCCUCUCCCAUCCCUCUCCCCUCCCACUCCCCUCCCUCUCCCCUCCCUCUCCCCCCCCACUCCUCUCCACUCCCCUCCCACUCCCCUCCCUCUCUCUCUCCCGCCUCUCUUCUCUCAUCGGUUGCACCGUGGUGCAGUAUCUGGGAGACAACAACUUCACAGGCCCUUUCCCCCCGUCCGUUUUCUGAGAAUUCUUAAAAAACAUACGCCCCAUCCUCCCCUCUCUCUCCCCCCGUCGGCGCGGCACUGCAGUGAUCUGGGAGACAACAACUUCACAGGCCCUUUUCCCCCAUCCAUCUUCUCGCUCUCCAAUCUCAGAGACCUGUCGCUGUACGACAACCAAUUCGUGGGCUCUAUCCCCGACGCCAUCAGCACUCUCACCAAGCUCAAGGACCUCAACAUCUUCCGCAACAGCCUCUCUGGCCCCCUCCCCUCGGGCAUUGGAAGCCUCGUGAUGAUGGAAUACAUGAACAUGCAGAACAACCAACUCACUGGGUCCAUUCCAGCUUCCAUUGGCAACCUUGUCAACCUCGACUACCUUGACAUAAGCAACAACGCCUUCUCCGGAUCUCUCCCCGACUCCAUGGGCCUCCUCAAAAACCUUAAGAACCUUGAUCUGAGUGAGAACAUGUUCACGGGCUCUCUGCCUGUUUCACUGGGCAACCUCACCAAUCUGCUCACCCUGUUCUACAACUCCACCAGUCCCAGCAGUCCCGUGUGUCCGCCCAGUGGCGGCAGCUGCAUGGGCGUGAAUCAGCAGGGCAACUCCUCCUUCUGCCAGGCCUGCCCCGAUUUCUGCACCACCUGUACUCCCCCCGGCAGUAAGUUUUGA